AUCCCCUGACGCCAUCAUUCCUUGUUCACAAUCACGAGCGUGUUUUUUCACGACACUGACUAGACCGUUGGAAUCCGUUACAGAAUUUUCCGGCAUUGUCUAUUGGUUUUCUUAAUCUUGACUUGCGAACACAUCUAACAUAAACCAGUAAUAAUGAUUGUACCAGAUGAUGUACCUACUUUCAAAUGUGUACUGGUUGGUGAUGGUGGUACAGGAAAGACUACAUUUGUGAAAAGACAUUUAACUGGUGAAUUUGAAAAAAAAUAUGUUGCUACUCUUGGAGUAGAAGUUCAUCCAUUGGUAUUCCAUACUACUCGUGGUGUCAUUAGAUUUAAUGUCUGGGAUACCGCUGGUCAAGAAAAAUUUGGAGGUCUAAGAGAUGGAUAUUACAUUCAAGGUCAAUGUGCGAUUAUCAUGUUUGAUGUUACUAGUCGUAUCACUUACAAAAAUGUACCUAAUUGGCAUAGAGAUUUGGUAAGAGUAUGUGAAGGCAUUCCAAUUGUGUUGUGUGGUAACAAAGUGGAUAUUAAGGAUAGGAAAGUAAAAGCAAAAACAAUAGUUUUUCAUCGCAAAAAAAAUUUACAGUAUUAUGAUAUUAGUGCUAAGAGUAACUAUAACUUUGAAAAACCAUUUCUGUGGAUGGCUAGAAAAUUGAUAGGUGAUCCCAAUCUUGAAUUUGUUGCUAUGCCAGCUCUUGUACCUCCAGAAAUAAAAAUGGAUCCUCAAUGGCAAGACCAAAUUGAACAAGACCUUAAGGAGGCUCAAGAAACUGCAUUGCCUGACGAGGAUGAAGACUUGUAAUUUAUUAGUCCCAUUAUCCAAAUAAUUAUCUGUUAACUGUCUCAAUUCAUUAAUUACCUUGCGCAUUAAGUUAAAUCUUUUUUUAUAAACAUAUUAAUAAACUUUUCCUGUAUUUUAUCAAUAUAUAAAAAACAGUUUAUUAUUUA